CAAACAUGGGGGACAAUCUUCACAGAGAGGUUAUGGAGUCUCAGGCUGUGGAGAUCUUCAAAACGCAGCUGGACACAGUCAUUGGCAAGCUGCUGAAGCUGACCCUCCUUGGAGCAGAGGAAGGUCCCUUCCAGCUGAAAUGAUUCUGUGAUUUUGUCUCACCAGUGCUGAGUAGAGAGGAAGGAUCAUCUCCCUGGAUGUAUUAGCAACAUCCCUCCUAAUGUAGCCCAGGGUGCUGUUGGCCUUCUGUGCUGCAAGGGCACACUGCUGGCUCACGGUCGACCUGUUAUCAACUGAAUCUCCCACAGCCUUCUCUGCAAAGCUGCUUUCUGGCUGCUCGGCCCUCACUGUGUUCUGGUGCAUAAGGGUUAUUCCUCCCCAGGGGCAGGAGUUUGCAGUUCCCCUUAGAUGAACUUGAAGAGAUUCCUCUCAGCCCAUUUCUGCAGUCAUUUGAGGUCCGUCUUAAUGGCAGCACAGUCAUCUGACACAGCAAGGACUGCUCCCCAUUUUAAAUUGAAGUCUAACUUCACAAGUCUCACACCUGAAAGAAAUAGUGCUGUUAUACAGGCACGUGGGAAAAAAUGCUGUCCAGUGUACCUGGGUGGAAGCGCUUCACCAUCUGGCAUAGGAACAAAUAUUUCAAAAAGAACAUGUGAUCAACUACGUUGUACUGCUUGUGACUUCCGUGUAUCACUUUUCAAUGACUACAUCUGGGAUCAGUCCUGUGAUUAUCUUUUUUUCAGGAAUAACAUGCCUGAGCUCAGUAAACUAAGAGCAAAGAUGAUAAAGAAGAAAGGAGCACGAGCAUAUGCUUGUCAGUGCAGCUGGAGAUCCAUUGAUGAAUUAACUGACCUCCAGACAGAGCAGCAGCUUCGGUGGGUUUGUGGUAAACAUGGAGAAUGAAGUCUUCUUGUGUGUGAUACCUGCUUGUGUGGACACAGGUCAUAAACUCAAUUUGUUUCCCAGUUUUCUGAGAACAGGUGGAAACCUGAAUACUUAUAUCUAGAAAUAGAUUAUAAUACCCAGAAUUCAACCUGAAAACCUGUUUUUUCAAUUUAACUGUCUUGCAAGCAAUGUGGAGAGUUGAAUUAUUCUUGUAAUAAAUUUUGAGGUGUGGUGGUUUGACAUGACAUGACAUGAGGCUUUCUGGAAGCUAAAUGAGGUUAAAAAGCUCAUGCUGAGUAGUGUUAAAGGAGAAGAGGAAAUAACAGACCUGGGCAUGGGCAAAACACUUUGAUACUGUUCCUCAUAUCUAGCAGAGAGCCUUAUUUCCCAUGUCUGCAGAAUCUUGGAUUCAAAAUGGUGGGCUGGGACACAGCCAUGACACACAAGCAUAUGAAUUUCAACACAGAAAUUAAUCCCACUCUUCUGCUUUGCUCAUUGCUGGUAAUGAGCAAGUGGUUGGUUGCUCUCUUAAAAAAUUACUGUGGGAUCAGCUCUCACCUCAAAGGUUUCAGCAACCCCCAGAACUUUACUUUCUUUUACCCACCAGUAACCAAAAACUGCAGGUGCUGAAAAUUUUCUUCCAGUUCCUACUGCUUUCUUCAGAGCACUUUCCUCUGACUAAGCACUUUUACCACAAUGAAAUUUUCCUCAGCCUUCACUGCAAGAGGUGAACAAGUUAUUAUGUAAUUAUUAAAUUCUGUGCAAUUUUAAAGAUAUUCUGAAGAGUAUUCUGUCAACAUUUUCAAGGGAAAAAGGCUCAGGCUUUUAAGAGUGAGAAAAUAUAUAUCCCCACUGAUGUUGGAAUUUAGAUUUUAUUUCAGUUUCAUGUAGCUUUCCCUUCAACUUCUCCUUAAAAUACUGUGUAUUGAGAAAGUGUAACUGUCCUGUUUCAACACACUUCCUUCCACCUGUAACAUUGUCACUUGGUGAAUUGUUUUGCUUACAGUCACUGUCACUAUAGUUUAUGAGCUCUUUCUUUUCUUUAUGUAUAAAUAACACAGGAGGUAGACUUGAGUUUUAUGCAAGGAGAUAGGAAGGAAAGGACUACCAGUCCUGUCAUUUACUACAUUUAAAAGUGUCUCAAAAUGGGAAGUCUGUCAAUAUUUUUGCUAUGCAAUAUGUGUAUCUAUACAAAUAAAUUUGAGAUUAUUUACUUUGAGCAAUUCUAGCUAUACAGAGCAAUUUCCUUUUCUACGAAGUUCUGCUCAUGGUUCUAACUGUACAUUUGUUCUGUUUCUGAGCUUUUCCAAAACAAUCGCAUGGUCUUUCUUAUGGAGGUGAUCUCUUGAAUCCGUUGCCCUCUGAAAGAGCAGAUCUUGGCAGUGACCAGAGGCAUGAUGUACUCUGCAUCCUGCUUCCCUUCCCCUUCCUUGAGUGCUUGUUUUAGAAGCUACAGAGGACCAGCACUGUGAGUAAGAAACAGGGAAAAUCCUAAUACCCAUCUCAGUCAUGAGACCAAGUCUUACGUGACUUGAAAAAGGAGCAUGUCUCCUGUACCCUGAGCAUUCCCCCAGAAUAAUCAGGUUUACUGAUGCAAGUAUAGUUACUUGUUUCUGGCCUUGGUAGAAUGGUGGGAUAUGACAUCUCUUUGACCAAGGGAAGUUGUAAACAGGUGCAUAAAUAGUGCAUAUUGUAUUGGGUUUCAUUACAGAAUUUACCAUAUUUUUAGAUUUGGGAAUAGUUACUGUGUCAUUCAAUAUAAUUAUUGUGUUGGAAAGAGGAGCAGUAUUAAGAUUUGAUUUCCUUUCCUUUGUUUUCCUCAGUUACAAACCACUUCAAAGUCCUCAAAUGAAAAGAAAGUGAGGGGAAAAAGGUAAAAUUAGAGCUUUUGUUCAUUUCAUGAAGGUAUUGUCAGAUUGCACAAGGUUUUUAAGAUGUAGCCUGGACCCUAAGUGAUAUUUCCAUGUCAGUUAUCUGAGAUAACAGGGAUUAUGUAGAGAAUUCUGUUUCAGAAUAUGGAAAGACUUCUGUUUAAGAAUGCCAUUCAGCUGUUGUCAAACGGAAGUACCAGAGCACAGUUUUGCUAAGUAUAAAUGUGACCAUUGUUUUCCUCCAGUUUUUUGCUUUGGAAUUAAAAAUAACAUUUCCAUUUCUGAAAUGGACAAGGUGAAAAUUUGAGGCUUUUAUUUUGCUUGGGUGAUAUGCAUGAAAAUUUUCUAGUCUGCAGCAUUAGUCUGCAGCAGAUCCCUCCAUCUCAACAAAACAGAAGCCAUGAAGGAUGACAAAAUGAUAAUCCAUACAAAAGCAUUCACAUGGAAAUGUAGUCAGUGGUUUAAUCUCAUACCAACUUUUCUAAAUCUGUGUUCCUGCAGUAUUUCUGGAUAGGAAUGCCGUUCAGAUAUACAUAGUACAUUUUAUAGCUUUUCUUCAUCAAAUUUUAAUGUGCUGUUCUGACUACAUUUCACUUGUCUUACCUGCAAAACAUGGAGGGUGUCCAAGCCAGAUGCUAAAUAUAGCUCAGAAGAGUCAUUAUUGAGGGUCUUGACCUGCCAUUUUAUUCAACUUACAGAAGCAUAAUAGCAUUACAUAUUGCAAGCUCUGCACUGUAUUGUGUUGAAUAAAGAUUUUUUUUUUCUCAAACACCUAUUUCAGUUUUGUACUGAAGGUAUUCUGCAAAUGCUGCCACUUGCUGAAAGACUACCACUUCUCUUGUUUCCUGACAUGUGAGUCUUUGGGUCAUGUAACCAGCACAUGUGGUAGUCACACAAUAGGAGAGGGACUAUGUUGGGAACUGUGUAGGCAAAUUUUUCUUCCUGCCAGGCUCUUUUUGCACAAGACCUGACCAGUUUUGUCUGUUGUGUGACACCCGAUAAGCACAGACAGGUGGGAGGCGGAGUAAGGAACAUCAGGUGCUGCUCAUUUAUGAGGGCUGCAUCCAAUGCCUGGGGUUUGACAUCUGUGCUUUGAGAGAACUACUUUUCAAAUGUCAGCACUUAAUAAAAUGAAAAGUUGGAACAAA